AAACACACCGGUACACAGUGAUUGAAUCUGUGUCAGUAUGAAGUCAGAUCCCCUCCCUUUCCCCCUUCACUACAGAAACCUUCAUAUCCAGCCCCUGUACAUGUGCGUGUGUGUGUGUGUGUGUGUGUGUGUGUGUGUGUGUGUGCGGCUCUCUCAACCAUCCCUCCCUGACAUUCCACUGCAGAUGACGGAUUCACUGCUGGGAUACAGAAAGAAAGAAACAUCAUUACAUAGACUCUGCUACUGAAACAUCCAAUUCCUUUUGGGAUUUUGAACUUUGAUCAGGGACUAAACAACCCCAGGCAGGGGACACUAGAACAUUCUAAACAAAAGGAGUUAUUCUUUCCCUGUUAUGCUGUAAAGCCCUGGGACCUCUACAAUGACAGACGUCCUGCAGCUCAGUACCAACUGUCUACAAGUGCCAGGUAUUGACAGAUCAGCCUCUACAUCUCCAUCUGGUUCUCCAUCUCCUUCCAGAAAUGAGUGCAGUAUCACUCCUCUUACUCCCUCUCCCUCUCCGAGGACAGAAUUGAGACCGUGUGUGGCUCGUCCAUUUUCUGUGGUGGUCGCCAUAGAUUUUGGCACCACCUCCAGUGGCUAUGCCUUCAGUUUCACAGAAGAUCCUGAGACCAUUCACAUGAUGAAGCGGUGGGAGGGUGGUGACCCUGGUGUAGCCAAUCAGAAGAGUCCAACCUGUCUGCUGUUGACCCCUGACCUCCGGUUCCACAGUUUUGGCUUUGCAGCUCGAGACAGCUACCAUGACCUUGACCCAGAGGAGGCCGGGCAUUGGCUCUACUUUGACAAAUUCAAAAUGAAAAUCCACAGCACCAGUGAUCUAUCUAUGGAGACUGAGCUGGAGUCAGUAAGUGGAAGAAGAGUUCGGGCCAUUGAGGUGUUUUCUCAUGCCUUGAGGUUCUUCAGAGAACAUGCUUUAAAGGAGGUGAAGGACCAGUCCUCCUCUGUGCUGGAAAGUAAUGAAGUACGAUGGGUCAUCACUGUUCCUGCGGUGUGGCGGCAGCCAGCCAAGCAGUUCAUGCGAGAAGCUGCCUAUUUGGCAGGUUUGGUGGCUGCAGAUUCUCCUGAACAGCUCCUCAUAGCUCUUGAACCAGAGGCUGCAUCCAUCUACUGCAGGAAGCUCCGUCUACACCAGGUCAUUGACCUCAGCCAACGGCCAGUAACCAAUGGUUUAGAUGUAGAUGGCUCCCGCCCUUUCGAUUCCAGUUUUAGGCAGGCCCGUGAGCAGCUCCGCAGAGCCAGACAUAGCCGAACUUUUCUGGUGGAGAGUGGUACUGGAGAAUUGUGGUCUGAGAUGCAGACAGGUGAUCGGUACAUUGUGGCAGACUGUGGCGGUGGGACGGUGGAUCUGACGGUGCAUCAGAUUGAGCAGCCACAGGGCACACUAAAGGAGCUUUACAAAGCCUCAGGGGGUCCUUAUGGAGCAGUUGGAGUGGAUCUUGCAUUUGAGGCCAUGUUGUGCCAGAUCUUUGGGGCUGACUUCAUUGAGAGUUUUAAAGCAAAACGUCCAGCAGCUUGGGUAGACCUCACCAUUGCAUUUGAAGCCCGUAAGCGCACAGCAGCCCCUGGCCGGGCCAACUCAUUAAACAUCUUACUGCCCUUCUCUUUCAUUGACUUCUACAAACGACACCGGGGGCAGAGUGUGGAGACUGCCCUGCGCAAGAGCAAUAUGAAUUUUAUAAAGUGGUCAUCUCAAGGGAUGCUGAGAUUCUCUACAGAGGCCAUGAAUGAGCUUUUUCAGCCGACCAUCAACAACAUCAUCAAACAUAUUGAGAACCUGAUGCAGAAGGAAGAAGUAAAGGGUGUGCGUUUUCUCUUCUUGGUUGGAGGAUUCGCAGAGUCGCCCAUGCUUCAACGCGCAGCCCAGAACGCACUAGGGCGGAACUGCCGUAUCAUAAUUCCACAUGACGUAGGUCUGACCAUCCUGAAGGGUGCAGUCCUGUUUGGACUAGACCCCACUGUUGUCCGUGUACGCCGUUGCCCGUUAACUUACGGUGUUGGAGUUUUGAACCGCUUUGUGGGAGGUCGACACCCUCGUGACAAGCUACUCAUCAAAGAUGGCCGAGAAUGGUGCACUGACAUCCUGGACCGCUUUGUUAGUGUUGAUCAAUCGGUGGCUUUGGGUGAGGUGGUGAGGCGGAGCUACACUCCAGCAAGAAUAGGACAAAGGAAGAUCAUAAUCAACAUCUACUGCAGCGACACUGAUGAAAUAACCUACAUUACUGACCUCGGGGUGAGGAAGUGUGGUGUCAUCACGCUAGACCUGCUUGAGUCGGGGGCAGCGGCAGCUAAUGCUGGUGAAAACGAUAAAGGAUCCGCAUUUGAACGCAGGGAGAUUCGCACUACCAUGCAGUUUGGAGACACUGAGAUCAAAGUCACAGCUGUUGAUGUGGCAACCGGCCGACUGGUGCAGGCAUCAAUUGAUUUCCUGUCCAACUGAUCCUACUAUGCUGUUUCUGGAGAGAACUGGAAUUUGUAGAAUGCGAAGGGACAUUUAACGACAGCUAAUCUCAUCAAAAAAUUAUCUCAAAUAACAGCUUUGAGUUUUAACAUCUGGAUA